AUGCAUCUUGCUGGGAUGUGUAAGCCCUGUGUGCUGAUUGAGGAAGAGCGCCGGUCGAUUGAGAAGCAGAUGAAAGCAUCAGCAGGUGAUCAUCAAGGUCUCGUGACGCUCAGAUCUGUCGGGAUUAAUGGCGCCGAGCGCGUCACAAUCCGGAUCAGUCGGAAAGGAUGGCACAUGCUUCUCAACUUCUGCUUCCACACGGCCCUGACGUUCGCUGUCUUCGCCGGAGGCAUCAACCGAAUCAAAUACCCCAUCAUCUGCCAGGCCGUCGGUAUUGUCUUGCAUUACUCGUCUCUGUCCACGAUGCUCUGGUUGGGCGUCACGGCACGAAACAUCUACAAACAGGUGACCAAAAAACCACAGCAGCCGCAGAACGGAGACCACGCGCCGCCUCACCCCGCCAGAUCACCCAUGCUGAGGUUUUAUUUAGUGAGUGCAGGAGUUCCCUUCAUCAUCUGCGGCAUCACAGCAGCCAUCAGCAUCGAGAACUAUGGCAGCGGAGAGCAGACGCCGUUCUGUUGGAUGGCGUGGGAGCCGAGUCUGGGCGCCUUCUACGGCCCCGUGGGCUUCAUCGUCCUAGUGACCUGCGUCUACUUCUUGUGCACCAUCAUCCAGCUGCGCAAACACCCCGAGCGGAAAUACGAGCUGAAGGCGGUGAGCGAGGAGCAGCAGCGGCUCUCUGACGUCCACCAGGGGGAGCCGGCGAGCGGUCAGUGUCACGGCGGCUGCCCGGGUCUCAUCAACCCAUCCACGCUGGCCAACGAACACUCGUUUAAAGCCCAGCUGCGGACGGCGGCGUUCACGCUGUUUUUAUUCACAGCCACGUGGACAUUCGGCGCGCUUGCCGUUCCGCAAGGCCACUUUCUGGAUAUGAUCUUCAGCUGCUUAUACGGGGCGUUUUCCGUCACGCUCGGGUUGUUCGUUUUGAUUCAUCAUUGCGCAAAACGCGAUGAUGUCUGGCACUGCUGGUGCGCAUGCUGUCCCGGGCGACGCCCCUCCAACGCAUGCCACGCCCACACCCACGGCCACGCCCACAAACUCAACAUAAAUGGCGACGCCCACUCCCACUGCCAUCUAGAUAGUGGGAAACCUGUUCACUGCGCAUGUCGCGCCGCCGCGCAAAAUCACGUGACCUGCCUGACACCGGUUUCACCGUGUUGCGCCGCUCUGCAUUCGCAACAGCUCCUAGAAGACGAAACAAGCGCCCAUGUGCUUCUCCACGCCGACCAUGACGGUUACCGACCUGCCGUGCGAUUGCACCGCUGCUCCAAACCCAUCAGGACUAAAACAAGGCGCCAACGCGAACUAGCGUUGCGCAUUCCCUCUGGAGCGGACGCCACUAGCGCGCACAGCUCACGCGCUAACAGCCCACAUGCCCACAUUUGCCACUUAGCUCACGAAGUUUGCCCUCACGAGGCGCUCACGCUCUGCCACCAUCAUCACAUGUGCUGCGCACAAGACGAGCUCCUCGACGCGGGCGAGAGCUUUCUGUGUGGGAAACUCGCGGAGGACGAUUUGCAUCACGCGCAUAUAGAGCUGCACGCCCGCAGACAGUCGCUGGCCAAUCAGAACAGCAUCCUGAAGGGAAACACGCUGUAUCCGUCCGACAUCACGGGGAAUAUACGCACCGGACCCUGGAGAAACGAAACUACCGUGUAGUUCGACCGAACUCCAACACUUCUUAGGAUUUAAGAAAAUAACUUUUUUUAGUACCAUCCCAAGCUCUUUCCUGCAUCAUUCGUCGUACAGGAUGAUUCUGCGGAUCGUACAAAUGCGAGAACGAAAAACCCGGGGCCUCAUUUAUAAUACACAUAUAUACAAGUUGAAGCCCACAAAUGUAUCUUUAUAUAAAAGAUGUACAGCCAUCAUCAAU